AUGACCGUCGGCGCAGGGCUCUGGCGCAGUUUGCGUGCCCACCAAGUCUAUGGCGCUAACACCGACGUGGGGAAGACUAUCGUCUCCACGGUGUUGUGCAAUGCCGUUCAACGCCAGAAACAACAGGCCGCAUUCCUUAAACCCGUGUCGACGGGCGCAUUGGAUGAUGCUGAUGAUCGGCAUCUGAAGCGCUAUGGCGCCGGGACCCUCACCAAGUGUCUCUACCAAUUCGACGACCCAGUGAGCCCGCAUUUGGCAGCCAAAGAUAAAUUCAUUCCACGAGACGAUGAUUUGCUUGCCUCAAUACACAAAACGCUCUCCGGGUGGGCGCGGUCGGAGAUUGACUUCGCCCUGGUCGAGACGGCUGGCGGCGUGCACUCACCAGGUCCCAAUGGCAACUCCCAGGCGGAUUUGUACCGGCCUCUCCGUUUGCCCAUUGUGCUGGUCGCAGACUCUCGCCUGGGAGGAAUCUCCUCCUCGAUCUCAGCUUACGAGUCGUUGCUACUCCGUGGCUAUGAUGUCUCGUCGGUUCUCUUGUUCCGAGACGAGUACUACCAGAAUCAUGAAUACCUCCGUGAUUACUUCCAGAAAAAGAACACCCCUCUGGUGUCAUUACCCGCACCUCCUACCCGACCGUCGCGGCAGGAUGCCGAUGCCCAAUUGAAGGACGAGGAGGCCAUGCUUGAUUAUUACCAACACUCCGCCAAGGACUCGGAGAUUCUCCAAUUGCUGGAGGAUCUGUCAGUCAAUAACACAGAGCGUGUUCAGCGUCUGGAAGAAAUGGCUGAUCGUGCCCAUGAUCUCAUAUGGUACCCCUUUACCCAGCACCAAGGCAUGACCGCCAAGGACAUCACCGUGAUCGACUCGGCGCACGAUGAUUACUUCCAGACGUUCGGCUCCAAUACAUCUAAGAAGACAGAGGGAGAAUUGCGCCCGACCUUCGACGGGUCUGCGUCCUGGUGGACACAAGGCUUGGGCCACGGCAACCCCGAACUGUCACUGUCUGCAGCCUAUGCCGCCGGUCGGUAUGGCCACGUCAUGUUUGCAGGUGCAAUUCAUGAGCCCGCACUAUCGCUCGCAGAUACCCUACUGAAGACCAUCGAAAAUCCGCGUUUUACCAAGGUCUUCUACACAGACAAUGGAAGCACAGGCAUGGAAGUCGCGGUAAAAAUGGGUCUCCGCGCAUCUUGCGACCGGUACGGCUGGGAUGCCAGCCAAGAGCAGAUUGGCAUUCUCGGUCUUAAGGGCAGCUAUCACGGAGAUACUAUCGGAGUCAUGGAUUGUUCGGAGCCAUCAACGUAUAACAAAAAGGUUGAGUGGUACCGUGGUCGGGGCCACUGGUUCGACUUCCCUCUUGUCAAGAUGGUUGGCGGAUCUUGGAAAGUCGAGAUCCCCGGCGAGCUACAGGUGGAAUUGGGCGAAGAUAUUGAUUUCACUUCAUUGGGGUCGGUCUUUGAUCUCAAUCAACGUCUUGAGUCUGGCACUGCUCAGCGUUACAAGGACUAUAUCCGUCGCACUCUCGAGGAUUUGGUCCAGCGACAAGGAAUGAAGUUUGGGGCGUUGAUUAUGGAACCAGUCAUCCUCGGUGCAGGUGGAAUGCUUUUCUGUGAUCCCCUUUUCCAGAGAUGUCUUAGCGAUGUGGUCCGUGAUCACCCCGAGUUGUUCUCCGCUAACGCCCCGGCUCCCAAGCAAUCCCCAUCAUGGUCUGGCUUGCCAAUAAUCUUUGAUGAGGUCUUCACCGGUCUAUACCGUCUCGGUCGCCGCACCUCCGCUUCUUUCUUAGAUGUACACCCCGACAUUGCGGUCAACGCGAAACUUCUCACGGGCGGACUGGUACCGCUCUGCACGACGGUCGCUAGUGAAGAGAUCUUUGAUGCUUUCUCGAGCCCAGAGAAGAGUGAUGCGCUUCUCCAUGGUCAUAGUUAUACGGCUCAUGCCGUUGGGUGUACGGUGGCUGUUGAUUCCUUGAAGACUAUGGCGAAGCUUGACACUGAUGGAUCGUGGGAUGGAUACCGUGAUGACUGGCGUAGUAGCUCCCUUACUACUGUUGAGGCUUCGACUCCAGAAGUGUGGAGUGUGUGGUCACAUGGUAUGCUUCAGGACCUGUCUUGCGCGGACUCCGUGGAGAGUGUCUUUGCCAUUGGAACGGUGCUUAGUAUUUCGCUUCGUGAUACGGAGGGAGCAGGCUAUAACUCUCAUGUUGCCAAGGGGCUUCAGCAGAAGCUGGCUGCGGGUGGUGAUCAAUUCAACGUUCACUCGCGCGUCCUUGGGAAUGUUCUUUACCUGAUGUCCAGUGUGACCUCCAAACCCGAGUCACUUCGAGAGUUGGAGAGUCUCCUUCGAUCAGCAUUGAUAUAA